AUGUCUGGGGUUCUCAAAGUGUGGUCUAAGUUCUCAGUGACUAGAAAAGAUGGCACUGUUCUCAAUUUACGCAUAGUGGAAGUAUCUUUGCAAUCAAAUGUGAUCGAAACUGUUCUAAAAUAUUAUCUUCAGUAUUUUGUAAUUGAGGAAAAUACUUUCAUUGCUGCAAAGGUUCCAGAAAGUGAAGAAGCAAUGGAAGAAAUAACAGAAUUUGUUCUAAAUAGUGCGGGGAACGAGAAACCACAGGUUACUGUUUGUUGUUACGAUAACGGAGACGAUGACAAUAUUGAAGUCUUAGGGGUAUCUAUAAUGACGUUAGUAAGAAAAACCGAACCACCACCAAAGAUGGAAUUCAAAUCGGAAGAAAUGAAGAAACUCAUGGAGAUAGUGGAUGGCUUAACUCAAAUUUUCGAUGAAGAGAAAGUAUUCAAUUUAGACCCCUGCUUUAGUGAUAGGGGGCUUGUUGUAUGCCCUGAUUACAGGGGCCUUGGGAUCGCACAGGAGCUCCUUAAAGUCAGACGGUUAAUUUGUAAGGAGUACGGCAUACCAGUAAAUGGAGCCUGGAUGACGUCAUACGGUACGCAGAAAGCUGCGGAACGUGACGGCUGGGAGACUGCCUGCGAACUCCAAUAUGAGGACUUGGACAAAAAGUUCAACGUUACCUUCCCUAAAAAUCCACCUUCAACCAAAUUUAUGAUCGCUAGAGUAGCUCUUUAA